AUGCCUUCUCUAGAAGAUCACUCGGGGUUCAAGCAUCGCGAGGACCAAGAGCAAUCUACCAGGCCCGAGGAAGAUCCCCAGCAGGGUCUAUUCCACCAAGUAUACGAAUGGCUUCACCAUGAGAAAACCAGACGACAGAAUCGUAAAGCACGGAAAGCUGAAGCAACCCCCCAUGCAACACACGAAAACGAGUCAGCCGAAGAAGUUGGUGUUUUAAAAAGACUCAGCUCGGACACCUCGAACACCUCCGAGAGCACCUUUUCCCUGGAGAAACUGGAAAAAAUCCUCCUCCAACAUGCGACUGUCCGACCUAGAAGUGCAAUGGGGUUGCACCACAAACAACCUGUCAAACGGCAGUCUCGACACCGUCUUAGAGGUCUACGAAGAGGAUCGGCAUCCGAUUCUGAACUCACAGAUGUCGACGGCGCCCCGCCAAGCGUGGAAGCUUUCCUUGAUAAUACAAAGACGCUUGCCUACACCGGUGGCGCGGCAGUAGAAGAAAUCGCCGACUCCAGUGCGAGUGUGAAACAAGCAAAGGAUGCAGAGGCUUGGAUCAUUUUCAAGUCCGAGAUCGUGCGUCUUGUGCACACUCUGCAACUGAAGGGCUGGCGUAGGGUUCCCGCGGAUUUGGCAGCAGAGAUUGAAGUGGUCAGACUCAGCGGUGCUCUCACGAACGCCGUAUAUGUCGUUGAACCACCGAAGAAUCUGCCACCUCCGAAGACCGAUGGUAACAAUUUGGUGUCAAGGAAGCCUCCACCGAAGCUUCUCUUGCGUAUCUACGGUCCGCAAGUCGGUCAUCUAAUCGACCGAGAGAAUGAGCUGCAAAUUCUGCGUCGCCUCGGAAAGAAGAAUAUCGGUCCACGCAUUCUCGGAACUUUCCGCAAUGGCCGAUUCGAAGAGUACUUUGAGGCUCGCCCACUCACCCCCAGAGAGCUGCGAAUGCCCGAAACGGCGAGGCAGGUGGCCAAGCGGAUGCGAGAAUUGCAUGAUGGCGUUGAACUUCUUGAAGAAGAACGCGAAGGUGGACCUAUGAUCUUCAAGAACUGGGAUAAAUGGGUGGAACGUUGCGAGCAAGUGACGACCUGGCUGGAUAAUGAACUCCAAUCCCCUCAAAACGAUGCCAAAGCUGCAUUGGAACCAUGGCGUCGCCGCGGCUAUGUCUGCGGUGUAACAUGGGACGUGUUCCGCAAAGCCGUGGAUAACUACCGACGUUGGCUGAUUGCCAGCUCUGGUGGAACUGCCGAGAUCAAGCGACAAUUAGUCUUUGCACACAAUGAUACUCAAUAUGGCAAUCUACUUCGCAUGGAGCCGGCCACCGAGUCACCACUGCUUUUACCUGCAAAUGAACACAAACAGCUGGUUGUCAUCGACUUUGAGUAUUCUUCGGCCAAUACACGUGGACUCGAGUUCGCCAACCACUUUACUGAGUGGUGCUACAACUACCACGACGAAGAGCGCUCAUGGGCUUGCAACAACCGCAACUACCCGACAUCGGAGCAGCAGUACAACUUCGUGGCAACCUAUCUUACCCACCAACCUGCCAGCGCCGGUGGACCAAUUUCACCUCUAGCCUCGCCGACCAUUCGCGCUCGUGCUCCUGUUGCAGUGGCGCCACUGGACUUGGACGAUGUGUCAGACAGACCCAGCUCUCGGCUUUCGCAAACUGAGCAGUUCAAGGAGGCUGAGCUUGAUGCAGAGGUGCGAUUGCUCAUGCACCAGACCCGGAUGUGGCGGGCUAUGAACUCUGCGCAGUGGGUAGCUUGGGGUAUCGUCCAGGCCAAGGUGCCUGGCAUGGAAGAAGGUAUUGCCGAGAUGCUUGCUGCUCGCAACGGGCCAAGCAAAGACGACAAUGCCGGCGACACGAAGUCACCGCCUGUGGAUGCGGAUAUUGAUGAAGAAGACGACGGGGACUUUGACUACCUGGCUUACGCACAGGACCGAGUCAUGUUCUUCUGGGGUGAUUUGCUGUCACUGAAUUUGAUCAAACCAGAGGACUUGCCUGCGCCUCUCUUGGAACAUAUCAAGUCGCGGCUUGUCGCCUAUUGA